ACAUUUAUUGAGAGCAGAGUAGAAAGCAAUGGAGGCUGAAAAGACAGAGAAGAAGAUUACAGAGGAAGAGGAUGAUGAGUCUAAGAUCAUCUACAGAGGGUGGAAAGUCAUGCCCUUCAUUAUUGGAAAUGAGACAUUUGAGAAGCUUGGAAUAGUUGGGAGCUCAUCAAAUCUAGUUAUAUACUUAACCACGGUUUUCAACAUGAAAAGCAUCACGGCAGCGACAGUAGUCAACAUCUACUCUGGUACAAGCAACUUUGGCACAAUCGUCGCCGCUUUCCUCUGCGACUCUUACUUCGGCCGCUACAAAACCCUAUCUGUCGCCAUGAUCGCUUGCUUCCUCGGUUCGGUGGCAAUGGACCUAACAGCAGUGAUCAAUCAGCUGCAUCCAGCUAAAUGCGCUAAGGAAAUAGGAAGCGUGUGCAAGGGGCCAUCCAUCGUACAGAUAAUGUUUCUCGCCGGAGCAAUGGUUUUGCUAGUGAUCGGAGCCGGUGGGAUUAGGCCAUGCAAUCUCCCGUUUGGUGCUGACCAAUUCGAUCCUAAGACUAAAGAAGGGAAACAAGGGAUUGAGAGUUUCUUUAAUUGGUAUUUCUUCACCUUCACGUUUGCUCAAAUGGUGUCGUUAACGGUCAUCGUCUACGUGCAGUCGAACGUGAGCUGGAGCAUCGGUUUAGCCAUCCCAGCUAUCUUAAUGUUUCUUGGUUGCCUCGUCUUCUUCUCUGGUUCUAAGCUUUAUGUCAAGGUUAAACCUAGUGGCAGUCCUAUUCACAGCAUAACACGCGUCAUCGUAGUCGCAAUCAAGAAAAGGAAGUUGAAUCUCGUUGGUUCGAUGUACACCCACACUGCAAAGGACUUCAGGAACUCGAAACUGAGCCAUACAGAGCAGUUUAGGUUCCUUGACAAAGCGGCAAUCCAAACGCCAGAGGACAAGCUCAACAUAGACGGCUCUCCGGCGGAUCCAUGGAAGCUCUGCAGUAUGCAGCAAGUGGAAGAAGUGAAAUGCGUGAUUCGGGUGCUUCCGGUUUGGCUCUCAGCAGCCUUGUUCUAUGUAGCUUAUAUACAACAAACAACCUACACAAUCUUCCAGUCUCUUCAAUCCGAUAGACACCUCGGUUCAAAGAGUUUCCAGAUCCCUCCCGCCACUUAUACAGUCUUCUUGAUGCUUGGAAUGACGAUAUUCAUACCUAUCUAUGACCGCGUCCUUGUACCUUUCCUUAGAAAGUAUACAGGCAGAGACAGCGGUAUCACUCAACUGCAAAGAGUUGGAGCAGGAAUGUUUCUAUGUAUCACAAGUAUGAUGGUGUCAGCAAUUGUAGAGCAACGCAGAAGAACUGUAGCUCUCACAAGACCGCCACUAGGCUUUGCACUGAGGAAAGGUGCAAUCUCUUCGAUGUCCGGUAUGUGGCUGAUUCCUCAGCUAGUGCUAAUGGGUGUGGGAGACGCUCUAGCUGGAGUUGGUCAGAUGGAGUUUUACUACAAACAGUUUCCAGAGAACAUGAGAAGUUUCGCUGGUUCUUUGUAUUAUUGUGGGAUUGGAUUGGCGAGUUACCUCAGCAGCUUUCUGCUAUCAGCUGUGCAUAAUAUCACAGAGGGAUCUUUGGGUGGGAAUUGGCUUCCUGAAGAUCUAAACAAGGGAAGACUGGAGUAUUUUUACUACUUUGUUGCUGGUAUGAUGACUAUAAACUUUGCUUAUUUCUUAUUAGUCUCACAUUGGUACCGUUACAAAGAUAUUGUGGCCAAGGACAAUGACAUAGAUAAGGUUUCAGUGUAAUAACUAUUCCCUCUUUGAGUUUAGGAUUUUGAGUUGGGUUUGAG